AUGUCGGCUCCUGUAGUACAUUACGAGUUCCAUGUUGAAUUAAAACCCUUUCAACGAGAACUUAUGAAGUUCCCCGUUCUCUUCUUGUUUGGUGAGGUACAUUACCUCAUGCACAUUACUGAAAGACUAAUGGAAUUCCGAAGAGCAAGAGAGCCGCUCAUAAUCAGAAAACUUGCUCAAAUUCCCGUUGGCGAUUCACUGCUUGAUCACAUUCAAGAUUUCAAAGAUAUCUUGACUGGGGUGGACAUCCCUGAAGUCGAACAAUCAAAGAUAGGAGAUGAAAUUGCAGCGAAGGCUCUUGACAUGGAUACAUACAAUGGUACCUUCAUAGAAGAUAUUACAAGAGAUGAGAGGGAGUCAAUGAAGCUUGACCAAUCCCGGCCACCAAGUCGUCUAUUGAUGCAUUGGAAAGAGUUGUUUAAUGUGACGGUUGCCGCUAUCAAAUGCCCUGUUGAGUACCUCGAGCAUAUUACCGAAGGACUGAAGGUAUUCAGAAGAGCAAAGGAGUUGUUCAUAGUCAGUAAACUUGCUAAAAUUCCUAUUAAUGAUUCAUUGUAUGAUCACAUUCAAGACUUCAAAGAGAUCUUGACCAAGAUGGACAUCCCUGAAACCAAACAUUCAAAGAUAAUGGACGAGAUUGCAUCCAAGGCGCAUGGCAUGAAUACAUAUAAUGGUUCCUUCAUGUCAGUUAGAAUAGAGAAAGUUAUAUUUCGACAUACUCAGAAUGCUGUGAAUAAUAAAGAAAAAGUUGCAAGAGUUGAGGGGAAGUCAUCGGACGUGUAA